AUGAGAUUAAAGCAAAAUUGCUGUUUACGGAUCUUUUCUGAUAAAACCGCUGGUAGCUCAAUGGAUGAAAGUGGCGGUGAUCUUCAACAAAAUGCUCUAGAUGAAGUAUCGGUAGCUAGCAGUAAUUACAUCCGAUAUUACUGCGCGCAAAAUCGUUUGAAACGAUCGCCACCAGCAAGCUUGAAUAAUCAGGAAAAUAAUAGUUUACUGCUGGAAACAAUAUCAUCAGCAGGCAAUCAAAUUGCUCGCAAAGAUAAAUCGUCCACAUAUACUGUUUUAAUUGAAUUAAAAGAUAAUGAGCAAGGACAAUCACAUAUACGUCUUUCAUCAUGCGACUCAGAUAUUUCCAAACCAUCACGCUCCGUAUCGGACAGAAUAGAAGAUGUUCGUAAAAAUAUGAUUUCACAGCAAUUUUCAAACGGAAAUGUUAUAGCCAACAAAUUAUUUAAUGAAGAACGAAAAAGUGAGAAGGAACGCCGAAAAAAUGAAAGAAAACAAGAAAGUAAAGCAGCCAAAACACUUUCUGCCAUUUUGUUAGCAUUCAUCAUUACUUGGACGCCUUACAAUGAAAUGUAUACUUCGUCGAUUAUUGAUCCAACUCUCGGAUUCGUGCUAAAUGUUCAAAUUUUAGAACGAUAA